AUGGCCUCUCAAAUCAUGGAAAUUAUUAUCUUUAGCGUGCAGCCUAUUAUAAUCAGUGAAGGUCAAUCGCUGCUCGCAAACGACAAGUGGAAUAAUGCUCUCUCCACAUUGACGCAGCAGAAUGGGGUGCGAACGGCUUACUGGGGCCAGACAAUUGAGGCCCAAGACAAAGUGUACCUGUUUAUAGACUGGAUCUCAAAACAACACUGUGUCGACUUCAAACAAUCGACAGCGUUUGCAACUUUGCAAACAAAUAUCGACAAUAUUACCCCAGGCACUCCUCAAUCAAUAUAUGUACCCAUUGCCCCACAUAUGUAUCCACGAAUUUUCCAUGAUGGAGUGAUAGAAAUUGCAAUAUUCUCCUCCUACAACUCAAGUUUUAUCGAUACCUUUGCGAGAUUUUCAUCCAUCAUUGUGGAUACUCAGGGGUGUACUGGUAUUGCUAAGGAUAUCGCGACCAACGAAAUAUUAGUCGAUAUAGAGGAGACCGGCGGGAGUGAGGAGCUCUACGUAGCAUUGAUUGGGUGGUUAGAUGUGGCAACCCAUCGUAUAGCAAUGGAGACAGACGCAUUUAAACAGAAUGUUCCAUUGAUUGAGGAGUGUUCUCGAGUGAUCACUGUGUAUCAUAUUAAGAUAGUCAUGGUUUAG